UACAGAAAAAAACUUACAUAACAUAAAUUAACAAAACAAACAAAAUAUGCAGGCACUAAAAGCAGUGUUAGUUGAUCUUGAAGAGUUAACUUUAUUAAAACAAAUUGAGGCAUGAAAAUUACAGUAAUAAUAAAAUUAGUUUCUGUGCUUUUUACUGACAUGUUGUACUGUUUUUGUGUUAUAGGGAAGGUUCCACCCAGUAAUAUAAUUAUUAGCGCUCCAUCCAUGAACAACCUUCCUCGCUUUCAGGAGAGAGGAGUUUCUGUCACUCACUCGAAUGACGAGGUUGUCGAUCGCUCUCGGUUGGUCUUCCUGGCCGUCAAACCUCACCUCGUCCCGAAGGUGCUGAAUGGAAUCUCCGGGAAUGUCACUCAGGAACACAUCAUCGUUUCCAUGGCAGCCGGAAUCACUCUAGAAACACUUGAGGAGCUGUUGCCUGCUGGGACGCGUGUGAUUCGUAUAAUGCCGAAUCUUCCCUGCAUGCUCCUGGAAGGGGCGCUGCUCCUCACCUGCGGCUCGUGUGCGGGACAGGAGGAGGAGACUCUCCUGAAGGCCCUGCUUGGCCCGUGCGGAUUGGUGGAGGCGGGGCCUGAACCCUGGAUCGACGCCCACGUGGGCUUGAGUGGCAGCGGCGUCGCAUUCGUGUAUGUGUUUGCGGAGGCACUGGCGGACGGAGCUGUUAAAAUGGGGAUGCCCAGCGCUCUGGCUCGACGUAUCGCAGCACAGACAAUACUGGGCGCUGGCGUGUUACUGCGUGAUUCCGGGAAGUUCCCGGCGGAGCUGAAGGCCGAGGUUUGCACGCCGGGAGGGACCACGAUUCACGGGAUCCACGCGCUGGAGAAGGGAGGAUUCAGAGCGGCUACGAUGGGAGCCGUAGAGGCGGCGACCGAAAGAGCCAGAGAACUCGGAAAGAAGUAGAGUGGGAGUCAUUUAGAGACAUUAUGAUACCUGAGGGACAAUUAACGUAACACCUUAAAGUCUUACUUUAUUCUCCAAGCAUAUCCAGUAGUCGGUGAUUCUCAAUGUUGAUUACAGUGGCCGUGAUAACGGAUUGAAAGGUGCUCUUAAAGUACAAAUGAAUGGAGAAUUUCUUGUGUGUUCUAAGGGAACAAUAUACAUACAGUAAGAAUGUGCUAGAUGCAUUCACUUUAUUUUCUGCACAUGAAAUGUGUUUAUUUUGUCCACUCAGAUUUAAAGAAUGUGAAAAAAAUCCUAUUA